GGAGGCAAGGAAGUGAAACCCCAUUCUCGGCCCUUUAUGGCCUCCAUCCAACAGGAGAACAGACACCUCUGUGGUGGGUUCUUGGUGGGACGGAACUGGGUGAUGACAGCAGCUCAUUGUCAGAUCCCCAAGCGGUCUGCAGAGUUUCGUGUCAUCCUCGGUGCCCAUUCACUCAAGAAGCCAGAGGCCUCCCAGCAAAUCUUUGGAAUCAAGAACUCCAUUGCUCACCCACUUUUCAAUCCCGAGACAGUGAAAAAUGACAUCCGUUUACUCAAAUUGAAUAGAUCCGCCAUUUUCAACAAGAAUGUCCGGCGGAUCAAGUUACCUCAAGCCAACAACGAUCCUUGCCCUGGACUCCCGUGCCACGUCCUUGGCUGGGGGGACAUCACAAAUUAUGCGACUGUCCCCACUGAACUCAUGGAAGCCAACACCACCAUUGUGGACAGGAAAGCUUGCAACGACUCGUGGGAAGGACACGUCUCCAAGAACAUGGUGUGCGCAGCCAGCACCAGUCCCGUCCUGCGUGGUUUCUGCUCGGGUGACUCAGGAGGCCCUUUAGUGUGCGGGAAACACGUUCUGGGCAUCGUCUCCUUCAACGGAAAGAGAUGUGGUGAUCGGUGGUUUCCGGAUGUCUAUACCCUCAUUGCCAAUUACAUCCCCUGGAUCCGUUUCAUCCUGCAGACCUUUUGA